UGGAGCCCCAGCGGACAAAGGGAGCUGCUGCUGCUGCUGCUGAAGCGGGCCAUCGGCGGGAGAGGCCCAAGGACGCUGAAGAGUACCAGCACCUUACCAGAGGCGUAUUGCCAACCAGUGUGUUUCCUUGAAGACCAACCAUUCCAUGAUUUCUGCUCAGUGUUUCAGUCCGCAAGCUGACCUCGCGCAUGAGCUGCAGUUUCUGAGCUAUCGUCAAGGGCAGCCCCACAUUGAGGGCAUUGCAGUAGUCUAGUCGGGAAGUCACCAGGACAUGAACUAUAUGGACUGUUGAGUAGAUGAAACAAAGUGCUAAGAGUAUGGUCUUAGAUGGCUUCCAUGACCAAAGCUGGGGGAGAGGACUAUCAAAUCGCAAAACAGAGCUCCCAUGUAAAAGAGGGGCAGACUACCUUAGGAUCAAAUGCCCAAGACUAAAGCAUCAGAGGAGAGAGAGGGCUUUCGCUGGCCCCACAACAAACUCCAACUCCCAGAAUUCCAUAGCCUUGAGCCAGGGCAGCUAAAGCAGUGCCAAACCAGAUUAUUUCUCCAGUGUGGAUGCAGCCUGAGUAACAGGUUACUGUUCUUUCUGGAGGGACCAAAUCUGCAACCCGUUGGAAUGGGCUGACACCAAAGUGUGGGGAAGCGUGGCCAUCCUGGCUGGGGGAUUCUGGGAAUUUCAGUCCCUAAAAGUCUCCUCCCCCCCCCCCCCCCCCGAGCUAAAAGGCCCAUUCAGUGGCAAAUUCUCAAAAGCAACAGCUCCCUCCUUCAAAGUCCCUACCUUCCAAGAAUCUGUUCUUUGCUGCAGAGGCUUCUGGGCUCUCGCAGUCUUUCUUAGCACUCCUGGUAGUAAAUAGGGUCAUUCUGGGAACAGAAUGUUUGGGAGAAACACAGGGAAAUAAAUAAAUGCAUCCCUCUGGUUGUUCUGGGCAUGCUAAGGGAGCUGCUGACAUCGGUGUACCUAAAGGGCCUUGGACCUCCAUGGAUUUUGGCAUCCUCCGGGGGUCCUGAAACCAAACCCCAGCAGAUACCAAGGGCCCUCAGCAUUAACCUAGCAAGUGGUUUCAGAUGCUUUCAGCUCCUUGAAAUCAUUUCUUACUGUUUACAUUUGUAUAUUGCUUAAGCUGAUCUUAUUGCACACUGACCUGAGAAUGCAUGAUGUAAGUAAGGCCAGAGAGGUGAAUCUAGACUGCUUUAAAUUAGGGGUUUUAACACAACUGCUUCUAUCAUGGCUUUUUAAAAAAACUUUUGUAUGACAAAUAGUUUUUGCUGUGUUCUGUUUUAACCUUUGUUGUCAGCCGCCUGGGGUCUCAUAUUGAGGAAGGUGGGACAUGACUCAAAUAUAUAUUUAAAAGACAAUUGUUUUAAUAAAGUAGCUAGGCUACCCAGCAGAGGGCAAGGGAUGGGGUGGAAGGACUGCAAAAUGUGCUCAGAACCAAUUCCUUGGUUCCAGAUUCCUCAUUCUAAUUCCCUAUCUUUUGCACCCAGCACUGGUUUUAGGAUUUAGGAUUCCAGGAAAACAGCCAGGUUAGUCCUGCAGGCGUAAAGGCUGGCCCGCAACUAUAAGCCUUGGACCCCCUUGUUUUCUUAUUUCUAUCCCAGGCUUUCGUUGCCUGUGUGUUCAAGGGUCCUGUCCUCCUUGUGAUUCUCUAGGGGCCAAAGUGUCAGCCUUCUGCUGUGUCCUCGCUGCGUGCCUCGAAGACAUAACUUUGUCUCCAAGGAUCAUGAAACAGUGCCUGCCUCCCAAAAACAAUGGGAUGGGUAAACAGACUUUUUGACAAGCCUUGAGGAACUGGUCCCUGAAAGAGACGGCCGGGGGAGAAUUACUCAACCUAAGAAAGGCUGGAGGAGUUGUUUGCCCAGAGUAGCCAAAUCCUGAGUGGCCAAAUCCUUUUUUUUUUUGGGGGGGGGGGGGGUUCCUUGGAAAAAAGAAUGUUUGCAAAGCUGCUAAGGUUAGAUGAGAGGAAGUGAAAAGGUUUGCAAAGUUUUUUCUUUGCUUCCUUUUUACGAUCCUGUGAACAGGAGUCACUAGCAAGAGAGAUUUUCCUUGAAGCCGUCAGUGGGCAGGAGGGGUUGCUUGGUGGACAAAAUGGAAGCGGCAGGGGGGCAGCACUGGCAUUUCUUUGACGCUACCAGGUUUGGAUAUUGUUAGGGUUUUGUUUUGUUUUUUUGGAGGGGUGUCUUGUUUUUGGAUGAAGCCACAUUCCCUUGCCAAAGUUUCAAGGCCUAGAAGAGCUUUGUAGACUUAAAAAACCCAACCAGAGCCAGGAAUAGCAGUCUAUGUGUUUGCACAUAUUGUAGAACCUAAGUAAUGUACUCGCACAUAACCUUGUGGGACUUGCAAGGCCAGCCUGCACUGGGCUGGAGGUGCCAUGGUCAUCUGUGCCUUGGUUUAUGGAAAUGCUUUGGGUGCUGGGUUCAAGGAGCCUAAGAGCCCAUACAGACAGGCCAAAAUAAAGGUGCUUCAGGUCACUUUGGAAGCUGUGCCAAAGCUGCGCUCCAGUCCUUAGGGCUGGAGUGUGGCUUUGGUGCGACUUCUGGACUCUUAGGACGCAUGCAUCAUUGAAACACCAUACCUCCACUGUGACUCGAAGCAGCUUUAUUUUGGCUGUCUGUAACAGGCCAUAGUUUUUCAGUUUGCAUCCCCUUUGAGGGCUUGUUGGGGAUUCCACAGCGUGGAGAUCUGCAGCUCUGAAUUAUGAUUGUUCACUGAAGGCUUUCCUAAGAUUAUAGCUCCCAUCAUCCUACUGGCUUACUGGGACUGAUGGAAGUUGUUGUCUAACACAUACGGGGCAAAAGCUUCUGGCUGGCCACAAGUAUCUAUUUACUCUGCGGUGGAUUUCCGCCAGUCCUCCUGCUCUGAGCCCACGCUCUUCCCAAUGGCCUAGUUUUUAACUGGCAGGUUUUCCUCACCCUCCCACGCCUUAGUGUGUCAAAACAGCAAGGGCUUGGUAGCCAAAUUAAACUUUGCUGCCAACUUUGAAAAUCCAAACAGAAGAGAUGGCAGGAGGUUCUUGCUGUGGCUGCCACCUUCUCAUCUUUCCUUCUGGACCCAAUACGAAAGAAGAAGAGAAAACCUGGCUAGUCUAAUAUAUAAAAACAUGGGCUGACAGCAACAAUAUGGAAGGUGCUGCAUAAUGUCAGGCUAUACAGUGUGAACCCCAAGGCGGAAGUGGUACUCCGUUUUAGGUUUCUUCUCUAUUCUGUUUUGUUACUCCUCCUAGACAAGCGAAGGCCUAUGGUUUGGGUUCCCCCCCUUAAAGAACAAAUUUUCAGUUUUCCCAGUACGGAUGGGGAUUGGCAUCAUGAGGGAAGGUUAACUCUAAUGAAAUCUUUUUCUUUUGAAGGAGCAGAAAGCUUUUUACUGACGCAAAAUGCCAGUAAAAAAUGUGUAUGUAAGACAGUCUACAGAAGUAGAGAAUGACAUUUUCUGGUUUCAGUAAACAUGAAGCUGAACGAGAGGAGCUUGGCCUUCUAUGCCACAUGCGACUCCCCCACUGACAAUGCUGGCUUCCUCUACAAGAAGGGGGAGCGGAACACGGCCUACCACCGUCGCUGGUUUGUGCUGAAGGGGAAUAUGCUUUUCUAUUUCGAAGACCGGGAGAGUCGGGAGCCGGUGGGGGUCAUCAUCCUGGAGGGCUGUACGGUGGAGCUGUGUGAGUCCACUGAGGAAUUUGCCUUUGCCAUCAAGUUUGACUGCGCCAAGUCCCGCACCUAUAUCCUGGCGGCUGAGAGCCAGGCCGCCAUGGAGGCCUGGGUCAAGUCACUGUCGCGGGCCAGCUUCAGCUACCUGCGUCUCGUGGUGAGAGAACUGGAGAAGCAGCUGGAAGAGAUGCAGAGGAAUCUCUCCGGCUACCACCGGGUCCAGAGGAGGGUGCCCCUUUACCGGAAAAACAAAACAGUGCCAAAUUUAGACCUGUUGGCCUUAGGGCAAGACUUGGCCCAAGAGAAGCCGACGGUCCCGCUUUGUGUGCCGGUGAAAGAAAAUGGCUGUGCGCUCUGGAAUAAUUCCGAAGGCCCAGCCAGUCUUCCAGCAGGAUACCCCCCAACAGAACCCUGGAGCAUAGGGACUUGUGGGGAGAACAGCUAUGAUGGCGGGCUCAAACCUCCCCCUUUGCCCCCUCGGAGACGGGCACUCUCAGGCAAUUCUUGUGGCACUGAAGGCCCUGGUUUGGAUGGCCCAGUGUAUCCAAGCACAACCUGUUUUUCCAAACUCCAUAACUGGUAUGGCAGGGAGAUACUUGAACUGCGAAGAGAGUGGCUGGAGGGGCAAAAGGACAGCAGUCUUUGAGCUGACACUUUGGUUGGGGAAGUGCCCUUGGAAGCACUGAGCCAGGCCAGAGCCAGGCUGAGCGUGAGCCCAGCUGCUGUGACUAAACCUCAAUGGCUGGAAACUCUGGCUUCCCACUUUCCAGGAGCAACGCACAUCAUACCAGCCUCCUGGUCAGUUCUUGGGAAAAACCACCACGGGUGCCAGCUCAUACCUUCCUGUUGACUUGAAGAAUCAAGCCAGUCUCUCUUAGGUCUUAGUUAUCUUUAGCUGAACACUUCCUCAAUGAGAAAUGCCUUCUUUUUUCCCCUGGAAAAUGCCACCUUUUAAAUUAUAACGAUGGGCCUUCAGCUUGUUAAAAAGAAAAUGGACCUGUCUUUAAAAACAAUCACAACCAGCACUAUCCAGUAGAGACCAAAACCAAAACAAAACCCUGAGCUGGGUGCCAAUGCAUCGUUCCUCGUGCCAGUGCAGCCACUGCUGGCUGCACUGAUAUUUGUUUAGUAGGUUCUUUUCUUGUGCUGGCAACAGAUUCACAGUGGAAGAAGCUGCCUGCUGGUUUCUGGCAAUCCCCCAAAUCCCACAAGGUCAGCACUCAGGUACUCUGUAGCAUUUUCUGCCUGUUAGGAGGGAAAAAAUCCCACACAUGUACUAUGUUUGAUGGGGGAACUAAGAUCUCCCCAACUCAAUCAAUUCGGCUUGUCCUGAUUGCCAGAGUUUUGAAGGAAAGCAGCAACACUUGCCCCCCCCCCCCCCAUCCUGGUUCUGAAAUGGUGGCAGGAUCAAAAUGGAAAAUUGCUUGUCACAGUUGCUUACUUUUGUCUGAAAUGGUCCAUGGUACAACAAGCACAGCUGGCAGGCCCAGAGAGGCACAACUGGAGACAUUCUUCCCGGCAGCUUCCAUUCAGUGUCACCUUUUGAACAGAGCUAGUUUUGUGGGGUUUCAAAGUAUAUCUACACUACAGUUGUAAAUGGCCUUAAUAGUCAGUCACUUGUGAAGCCCCUUGCCCCUGAUCUUGGGGGGACAUCCACUCAGACUGAGCUAUGUUUUAGCUGUGUUCCAGGCCUCCAAAGGAAAGUGCACGUAUUGCUCCUACUCUGUAGCUUUACAAGGAGUUACAGUUGGAACACAUUCGCUGCAAAAAAAUUUUAUUGUGUGAAUUCUUGUGAAAACUGCAUAGUUUGAAAAAGCUCUGCACUUCUCUUCUCCAAAACUUCAUCUUAUCUUGUAUCCCACCAUCAUCCCUAUUUACCAUUUGCUGUCAAGUACCUUUACUCUUGCGAGGUAGACUCAUACUUAUUGUUCCCGUUUUACAGGAGAGAAAUUGAGUCUGAGAAGGAGCAGUUUGCCCCAAGGGCACACGACGGGCUGCGCAGCUCUCCCAUAGCCUACUUCAUUGGGAAAUUAAUGGUGCUGUUUUGUUCUUAGUAAUGGGGAGCUGCUGUGUGGCGCAAUGGUUAGAACAUCAGACAUGGUGGAGGCCAAGUUUCAAAUCUGCAGUUAACCAGAAAGCUCACCUUAGGAGUCACUCUCUUUCUCUGCUCUACUUCACAGGGGGGUUCUGGGGAUAAAAUAGGAGAGAAGAAGAUUGGCUCUUUUAAAUUUUUUGGGAAUGGGCCUGUAGACUGGAGUCUUAGCUUUUGAUGUCUUCCAAGAACCGCUACACACAAGAAAUCACUCGGCUUCUGACUUGCUCUCGCUUGGCCUUUGAACGGAGCUUGUUCCAUUGGUUGGCUCCCUCGCCUUUUGUAGUAGCCAGGCAUGAACCCAGCUGAGAAGCAGCCAGGGAAGGCAGGCUUUUUCUGGGCACAGCAAAGAAGCAUAGCGGAUCAAUACUUUCCAGAGCACUGGGAAAGGCAAGGCAAGGGCUGCAGGAGACUUGGUAGGGGCCUCCAGUUGUGUGGGGCAUUGUUGACUGUUGGGGGCAGAGAAAGCAGAAGGCUGGGCUAUGGGCAAGAGGGCACAGGCUUUCCUUAUGCAGCCUCCCCAGAUGGGUUGGUGGAUUUUGUAAUAUUUGGACAGCACAAGGUAACAGCUGAGCUUGCCAGUUGCAGCCCCUUCAGGGUAGAGAAUCUUGACAGAUUUGCUUUCUUUAUGCUUCCCUCUUGCCCUCCUUUUUGAACCGCAGAAGAGGAACUGUGGGCUUGUAAGGACCACAUCUCAAAGGAAGCAACUUUUUGACUUGUGGCCACAAUAGAGAAGUGAAACUUCUAUUGGUUUUAUUCCCUCUGUCUUUUUUUUUUUUUUUUAAGAGGUGUCUCCUCUGCAGUAUUGCUAAGAGGGUACGGACCUGCAACCUGGGAUAUCAAGAAUCCCCUGCAUGAUUUCUGUACCAUCUUUGCCUGAGGAAGAAGGCAGUAAGCUUCAAAAACUUAUGUUAAUGUAUUAUUAUUAUUAUUAUUAUUAUUAUUAUUAUUAUUAUUAUUAUUAUUACUAUUGCCACCCUUUCUGGCUGGCCCAAUAAAGGGAUCACCCAUGCAGAUUUUGGGAUUCAGGGCUCUAGUAACUAGAAUGGACAGUGUUGCAAGGCUGCAGUUAUCUAAGGCCCCAUACAGACAGGCCAAAAUAAAGCUGCUUCUGGACACUUUAGAAGUAUGCUGUUUAAAUGUUGCAUGCGUCCUAAGAGUCCGGAAGCCACACCAAAGCCACGAUCCAGUCCUAAAG